AUGCAGCUGUUCGCGCUGCCCACUUCUCUUCUUGCCCUCGUCUUCCCAAUCCUGCUGCCUACGAUCGUUCUCGCAGACGUCGAGUUCACAGAGCCUGCGGCUGGAUCAGCUGUGAACGCAGCACAAACGAUUCAAGUAAAAUGGAAGGAGUCUGAUAUAGCGCCUCCAAUCACGAACCUGGGGGCGUAUACCUUGACUUUGAUGACUGGCGGGAAUGAAGACAACAACAUGCUGCCGCUGCCCGUAUUCGUCUCCGAAGGAAACUUCCAAGCUGGCUAUGAAGCUUCAGGCACAAUACCAACGGGCAUUGCACAAGAUGUCAAAAAUGGCUUCUUCUUCCGCAUACUGACGAGCGAUUAUAACGGCACAAUGGUGAUCAACUACUCCGAUCGAUUCAGUAUCCCCAACCUGACCGGCAUCACACCCCCAAGGUACUUGAAUGCAGCCACUGCACUCGACGGUUCGAUGAAAGGACCCAACAACGUGGGUGACGCUGCCCCAUCAUCUGCUUCAAGCUCCUCGAUCAGCACUCCGACAAGUACGGGCAUUGGCAAAGCACAUUCCAGAGUGGUUACGAUGACCGAGACCAACCCAGCUCCAACCGCCACGGGAUCACCCAAUACACCAAAGAGUUCGCCGAAGAGCUCGGGCAUCUCUACCGGUGCCCUGGCUGGCAUAGCCAUAGCCGGCGCAGCAAUCGGCAUCCUCGGUAUCGGCCUCGCACUCUGGGUCUGCCUCCGUGGAAGAAGACGAAGAGAAACCGCCGCGAUGAAACUCGCCAGCGAAGACGGCAACGACUCGGAUGACAAUCUCCGCCGUGAGAUGUCCUUCGCGCCAUCAUCACAAUUGCAAACACCACCAGCAGAGCUCGACCCAUACGCAACGAUCGUAGAAGCGGGCGACGGCAUGCGCCCACCGGAGAUGGACAGCAUGAAUGUGCGUGCGGAGCUGGAAGGUGAUUCGGAGCACAGUCAUUACUGGCAAGACGAACCUUUGACGCCCGUGCCGGACACGCCAGUGGAAUGUUUGACGUUGGACAAUCACGGAAGGGCCGUGCUGGGGAUGCCGGGGACGCCUGUACAGCCUAGGUAUAAUGUCUGA